UUAAUUUUUUCCAUAGGAAGAGAUCACAAAACAUACCGCUAUGUUUGUAAAUUUUAAAAUUAGAUGUCAAAACAGCUGUUGGGUCGCUUAGUGUAAUCACCACGUAUUGAUGUUUGCUGCUCUAUAUUGAACAUUUGUGUAUCAAAACUGUGUGUAAAGGACACUCGUUGUUAGGGAUCCGUCAGCUAAAUACAAGAAGCUUCCACUUAUCACGAUGAGCGAGAUUAAUCAUGAAUUUUGGGAUAACUUAUUCGCAAGUCAAACAUAUGAAAAUAUUAACCAUAAUACAAUAUUAAAUUUAAUUGAAUGUACAAAAGGAAUGCAAGAUGAAAUCUUAAAAAUACAGCACAAAUUUAAGAAAACAUAUGACUUCAGUUUCCAGCAAAUAAUAGAACAAAAGAAAUCGACGGAAGAUAUAUCGGAAGAAGUUCAAAAUAAUAUAGCAUGUACAACUGCUACACAACGAAACACUAAAAAUGAUGCCGAGGCUGAGGAGAACAUCAAGUUUUCGGAAGAAUUACAAGAAAAAAUUACAGACGACGAAAAGAGCGAGCUGAUAAGAGAUGAUAAGUAUCUCCAGUUCGUCGAGCUAAUGUAUCAGGAUGAAAUUAAAAGAAUUAUGCGUCAACAAAUGAAUUAUUGGAGAAGACACUAUUCCAAAAGACGUAAAGUGCAGUUCGCUGUGCAAAUAGAAUACUUCUUGUAUAUAAUUAAUUUGAUGAACCAAUUUUUGGAGUUGGAAGAUAAAGUGCUGAAUAUCAAGCUUGAUAGACAACUAAUGACAACAAAAAAGAAAAACAAUAUGUCGUGUAAAGUCGAUUAUGAAAAGAGCAAACUAAUGAUAGACAAUAAAUAUCUUCGGUUUACCGAGACGAUACGUCAGAAAGAGAUUAAUAGAAUUGUUGUUCAACUUCAAAUGUAUCGCGACAUUUACAAUAUGCCAAAUGAAGAAGUGAAGAUCGCUAUGCAUAAAAAUUUCAUCGUGCAGAGAAUUGUAAUAAUAAAAAGCAUGUUAAAGCUGGAAGCAAUAGACUUCGAUCUCCAGAUAGAGCGAGAGGCAAUGAAUAUGGACAGGGAUGACGUCGGGAGCGAUAAUGUAAAGAAUACGUUGAUGAAGAACAACGGAUAUCUUCGGUACAUCGCGAAAAAGCAUCAGGAAGAGAUUGAUAGAAUUUAUAUACAACUCCAAAUGUUUUGCAACAAAUAUUAUGAGGCUAUUGAAAAUGUGAAGAUGCUGAGGAAAAUUGAUGACAAGAAUGAGCUGAGGAAGAACAAUGAAGAUCUUCGGUCCGUUAGAAUAAUGUAUCAAAAAGAAUUUAUUCAAAUUUAUGAUCAACUUCAAAUGUAUAGGGACAAAUACGAUAUGAAAAAUAAAAACGUGACGAUUGUUAUGCAUACGAAGCCGUAUUCUAUGAAAACACACGACAAAAAAGAUGAGCUGAUGAGGGACAACGAAUAUCUUGCGUUCAUCGCGAUGAUGCAUCUGGAGAAGAUUAAUGAAAUAUGUUUUUUCUUUCAAAUGUAUCGCAAUAGAUUCAGUGAAAUAAUUGAGAAUAUUGCUGCGUAUGACAAUUUCAUGAAGCAGAUUAUAUUUGUGAUUAACGAUUUGUCAUCAAUAAAUGCCCAUAUUCCUAAAUUGCAUAAGGAAUUGGAACUAAUAGUAACAUGUGAAAAAUUGGUAUAAUAAAAAGUAAGGAUUAAGCGCGCUAAAUUUUGAACAUAUAUGUAUAUGUAUAAGUGACUAGAAAAUGACAAAAUAACGAAACUUAAAAAAUAUUUGUUAAUGUAGAUAUUCUUGCGUGUAAUCAUCCACAAUUUAUUAUAUAUCGAAAGGAUUAUCUGAACAGAUUUUAUCUUUAAUUUAGAUAUCACAAAGCAUGCUAGCUAAAUUGUAGUAACUAAUCGUAAAGCAUAUAUGUGUUUAUUUUGACAUCGCUCAAUAAGCCAUAUAGAAAUACUGAUUCUUUUAGCAUAUUUAACACAAUUAUUAUAAAUUAUUCUUUUUAUACAUAUAUCUGUAGUAGAACUUAAUUUUAUUCUGAUCAUAGAUUUUGAUAAUCAAUUAUUUCAAUAAUUAUUUAUUUUUCAAUAAGUGUCCAGAAAAUUUUAACACAAAAUUAUUUAGCAGUUAAAAU